AAAGCUCCAGGAAACUGUUCAAAUGGACCUUGAGUUCAGACUCUUCAAUAUAAAUCAGAAAUUAUUCAAACCACAUGCUGAAAGAAUACCACAAGUAAAGCUCCAGGAAAGGAUGAUGCUGGAGGUGCUGCUGUUUGGACUUCUGUUACUUGGAGGUUAUUUUCUUCUUCAUAUGACUUUGCUCAAGUUGCCAAGAUGUAAAAGUACUGCAAAGUUACAUGGAAAAACUGCCAUCGUGACGGGAGCAAACACCGGCAUCGGUAAGACCACAGCAAUGGACCUGGCCAGGAGGGGGGCGAGGGUGAUCAUGGCCUGCAGGGACAGACAGCGAGCUGAGGCUGCCAUCCAGGAAAUUAUCCAGGAGACCGGUAACAGCCAGGUCAUCUUCAUGCAGCUCGACCUUGCCAGUCUGCAGUCUGUUCGCUCCUUCGCUGAAAAUUUCCUCCGGUCUGAGUCCAGGCUGGAUCUGCUCAUCAACAAUGCCGGUCUGGUGAAUGGUGGACAGACAGUGGACGGCUUUGGGAUGAUCUUUGGCGUUAAUCACCUGGGUCACUUCUUGUUGACGGUGUUGCUCCUGGACCAACUGAAGGCGAGUGGGCCAAGCCGCGUGGUGAAUGUGGCCUCCAAAGCGUACACGCUGGGGAAUGUGGAUUUCAAAUGUCUGACGACUCACAAAGAUUUAGCUUUGGGAAGCAGUGACUAUCAGCUCUUCCAGAAGUACUGUCACAGCAAACUGUGCAACGUCCUGUUCACCUACGAGCUCGCCAAGAGGCUGCAAGGCACCAACGUCACCUGCUACAGCCUCCACCCUGGAGUCAUAAAAACAGACAUCGGUCGUUACAGCAGCUUCUUGUGGCGUUUCUUCAUGGCACCUAUUGUCACGCUUUUCUUCGUGGAUGCUGAGUCUGGAGCUCAGACCACCCUCCACUGUGCCCUGGAGCCAGGCAUCGAGCACCUUAGUGGCCAUUACUUCACCCAGUGUGCUCCGCUGAUGAAAAUUGAGUGGAAGGCGAGAGAUGAUGCUGCUGCCAAGAAACUGUGGGAGCUCAGCGAGAGUUUCUGCGACCUGUCCUAAAAACAAAUGAUAGUAAUGAUAACA